AUGGCCGACUCAAAUUCCAAGAGCACAGUAACGACACAAACCAACCCGCGCGGGAUCCCCGUUGCCCCCUUCAUCGACGAUGUCAAGGACUAUGUGUCGUCCCGCGCCGAGGUCGAACCGACGCUGCGCUCCUUCCAGGAGAUGAUCUCCAAGUACCAGUUCAUGGAGGUUAACACCCAGCGCCGCGGCCAAGGACUGCGCGAGAAGAUCCCCGAUAUUGAGAAGACGUUGGAGAUGGUUCGAUUCUUGAAAUUACGCAAGGGGUCCAACCCAGACUCCGAGCUCGAAACAAACUUCGAGCUUAAUGAUACCCUCUACGCCCGGGCGUCUAUCUCCCCCGCUGACACCGAGGAGGUGUACCUCUGGCUCGGCGCCAAUGUCAUGCUGGCAUACCCGCUGACCGAGGCGGAGACGAUGCUCGAUGACAAGUUGAGCGCGGCCCAGUCGAGCUUGAAAAACUGCGAGGAAGACUUGGAAUUCUUGCGCGAGCAGAUUACGACACUGGAGGUCGCUACGGCACGGGUGUAUAACUGGGAUGUUGUGCAGAGACGAAAAGAAAAGGCCGAGGGGAAAGGUGACGACGAUGAGGACAAGAAGGGGUCGGGAGGCUAA